GGGGUGGCUGGAGGCCAGGCUUUGGCGGGAUCAGGUUAGGGCAGGUUUGAUUUCUUUAAAAUGCCAGGUUGGGGGCCAGUGGGGCAGGCAUAUAAACCCCAGGGCGGGCACCUGGCCCUUUGCUUUCCUUCCAGAGCCUCUCUGUCAUCUGGUCUGAUCCAAGAUGUCCAGUCCCCUGGAGCAGGCGCUGGCUGUGAUGGUCACCACCUUCCACAAGUAUUCUGGCCAAGAGGGUGACAAGUUCAAGCUGAGUAAGGGCGAGAUGAAGGCACUUCUGCACAAGGAGCUGCCCAGCUUUGUUGGGGAGAAGGUGCAUGAGGAGGGCCUAAAGAGGCUGAUGGGUGAUCUGGAUGAGAACAGUGACCAGCAGGUGGACUUCCAAGAGUAUGCUGUUUUUCUGGCCCUGGUCACUAUCAUGUGCAAUGAGUUCUUCCAGGACUCCUCAGAUGCGCCCUGAAGCAGAACUCUUGCUCUGCCAUGGGCCUCCUGGACCCACGAGGACUCUAACUAUCCUUUUUGUAAUCAAUAAAAUUUUCUGUUGAUCAUAUUGUAA